AUGGAUAACGCUAAAGAUAAUAAAUUUAAUUAUGAUAAUUUAAAUGAAUUGGAUGAUGAUGAGUUCCUUUUAGGUAAUUCUUCCAACUUAGAUUUGGAUAACGGAUAUUCAAAUAAUUCAAACAUAUCAUUAGAUGAUUAUAUUAAUAACGUUUUACCAUUGCAUUUAGAAAAAAUAUUUAGAGAACAUAAUAUUUUACAAUAUAAUGGAAAUGAACUAGAUAAUUCUUCCUUAGAUCAGAGAUCAGAUUCUCAUAAUGCUUAUUCUCAUGACACCAAUUAUAAUAGAGAUGGAAAUGUCGAUGACGAUGACGAUGACGUGAUGAGUAAAUAUAAUAAAUUGAUGGAGAUUUUGAAUAAACCUUCUAAUCAACUAAAUUAUAAUAAUGAUUACUUCUAUAAUAAUAAAAUGCUACAAACUAAAUUCAACAGGUCAACCUUUUCAACCUGGUCGUUUGUCGAAGGUAUGAUUAUUGGACAAUGUAGUGUAAUGAUUGUCAUUGUUUUAGUCAUGAAAUUCUUCUUCUUUAGUGAUGAGUCAGACAGUGUAACCACUACCAGUUAUUCGAUAAGCAGAUCUAAUUCAAGUAGUUCUAAUAAAUUUGACAAGAAGAACUUGACUUUGUCAAAUCAAUUUUUACCUUCAAUAGUGAAAAGAGGUGGUAAGGAUCAAAAUCAAGUAAAUAACGAAAAUUUCUAUAGACACUCUCAUUUGAAGACUAUUUUAGAAAAGACAUGUUAUGAUGUUGAUACACAUAUUCCAGAAUCACUAGAUUGGUUUAAUGUACUUAUAGCCCAGAUUAUUCAACAGUUUCGUGAGGAGGCACUGUUGAAAGAUAAUAUUGUUCACUCGCUAAAUGACUAUCUGACUAAAAGGUCAGAUGAGCUGCCAAGUUAUUUGGAUGGCAUAAAAAUUACUGAAUUAGAUAUUGGAGAUGAUUUCCCUAUUUUUUCAAAUUGUAGAAUUCAAUAUUCUCCAAAUUCUAAUAAAAAGAAACUUGAGGCAAAGAUUGAUAUAGACUUAACUGAUCGAAUUGCCAUUGGCAUUCAAACAAAAUUGUUACUUAACUAUCCAAAACUAAGGACUGCAAUUUUACCUGUUGAUUUAACAUUAUCUAUCAUAAGAUUUCAAGCGUGUCUAACAGUCUCGUUAACAAAAGCGGAAGAUUUAGUUCCAACAUCAGAUGAUUCAUCUGUGCAAGGAGAUGAUAACGCAUAUUAUCUUAUGUUUUCUUUUUUACCAGGGUAUGAGAUGGAGUUUGAUAUAGGCUCUUUAAUAGGCUCUAGAUCUAAGCUUGAAAAUAUUCCAAAAAUAAGUAGUUUAAUUGAACAUCAUAUUAAAAAAUGGUUCUGUGAAAGAUGUGUUGAGCCAAGAUUUCAAUGCAUAAAACUUCCUGGUAUUUGGCCAAGAAGUAAAAACACAAGAGAGGAAAAAGUUAGUACUGAUGAUGAUAUUUCAGUAUUUCCAGAGAAAGAUAUAUAA